GCACUCUGAGCUACUGGAGGCUGACUUCAGAUGUUGCAUUGCGGAUUUGCAGCGACUACAAUGUAACACAGGAUGUUGCAAUUGCAAUCAUGUCGCUACCCUCUCGAUCCCGUUAACUGCAGGAUGACACGAUUCAAGUUCUGUGAGAAAUUUACUUGUAUUUAUUUAUACCUCAAACACAUUGCGCUGCCGUCUCAGUAGGUCAGCGAAUUUCCCUUUCAUUGAAUGAAGCUUGGAGAGCGCACGCUGCACAAAAAUAAUGGCGACUAAUCAAGACGGCUGUAGUGUCAAAGUCGCUUUAAGAAUACGUCCACAGUCAGCCAAAGAGAAAAUUGAGGGAUGUCAUAUCUGUACAUUGGUUACACCUGGAGAGCCACAAGUCAUCCUGGGAAAAGACAAGGCUUUCACAUUCGACUUCAUGUUUGAUAUAGAUGCCACACAAGAUGAGAUCUAUAAAUCUUGUGUGCACAAACUUGUGGAAGGGUGCUUUGAAGGUUAUAAUGCAACAGUGUUUGCUUAUGGGCAGACUGGCUCUGGGAAGACCUACAGCAUGGGUACAGGGUUUGAUGUCAAUAUAACAAUGGAAGAGCAAGGAAUAAUCCCACGUGCAGUCAGGCAUCUUUUUGAAGGAAUCACAGAGAGAAAGCGAGCUGCUCAAGAUCAAGAGAAACAGCCACCAGAGUUCAAAGUGACAGCUCAGUUUCUGGAGCUUUAUAAUGAAGAGAUACUGGAUCUAUUUGAUAAUACACGUGACCUGGAUUCACGGCAGAGGAAAUCUAACAUAAAAAUUCAUGAAGGUGCCAACGGAACAAUUUACACCAGUGGGGUUGUCUCACGUGUUGUUAAUUCAGAACAAGAGAUGAUACAAUGCUUGAAGCUGGGUGCUCUUGCUCGCAGCACUGCAAGUACACAGAUGAAUGCAGAGAGUUCCCGUUCCCAUGCUAUAUUUACAAUCCACAUCUGCCAAAUGAGGGUCUGCUCCAGACCAGAUAUGGUAAAUGGUGAGGUGAAUGGAGUAGCACAUGAAUCACAACCAGUGAAUGAGUAUGAAACACUCACAGCCAAAUUCCAUUUUGUCGACCUCGCUGGUUCAGAAAGACUAAAACGCACUGGAGCAACAGGAGAGCGGGCCAAAGAAGGCAUUUCUAUCAACUGUGGUCUGCUGUCACUGGGAAAUGUCAUCAGUGCAUUGGGAGAUCAAAGUAAGAAGAGCCACCAUGUGCCAUACAGAGAUUCUAAACUCACCAGGCUUCUGCAAGACUCUCUGGGCGGAAACAGUCGAACUAUCAUGAUUGCUUGCAUAAGCCCAUCAGAUCGUGACUUCAUGGAAACUCUCAACACUCUCAAAUAUGCAAACCGAGCCCGGAACAUCAAGAAUAAAGUUGUGGUCAAUCAAGACAAGACCAGCCAGCAGAUCAGUGCCUUGCGAGCUGAGAUUGCUCGACUUCAAAUGGAGCUGAUGGAAUAUAAGACAGGGAAACGAGUUAUCGGGGAAGAUGGUUCAGAAGGUUACAAUGACCUCUGCCAAGAAAAUGCAUUGCUACAGAAAGAAAAUGACACAUUGAGAAUGAGAGUAAAGGCCAUGCAAGAAACGAUUGAAGCACUUAAUAGCAGAGUGACACAGCUCUUGAGUAAUGAAGCCACUCAAAUAAUAGCCAGUGCAGGAGAUAACAAUGAGGAAAUAGGUGCAUUAAUUCAAAACUAUAUUCGAGAAAUACAGGAUCUCAGGACCAAACUACUGGAGAGUGAAGCAAUGAAUGAGUCCCUCCGACGCAACGUAUCUCGAUUGACGUCCAGAUCCCCGUAUGCAGCGGGACUGUCUCCCAUGCCUUGUUCAAUGUCCAGCCUAGUUGGUUCCCUGGAAUCCGAUACUUCUGAAAUUGUUGAAAUGGCAAAAAAAGACUUGGAGCUGCUCAAGAAAAGGGAAAGGAUACGAAAAAGAAAUAGCCCAGUGAAAGAGAAAAGAAGAGGGAAUUUACAGCAAGAGAAUUGGGAAGAGACAGAUGACAAUGAAGUGGAAGGGGAGGAGGAGCAUGAAGAAAGUUGCUGUGAAGAUGAGGAAGGUGGAGAUGAUGAAGAAUUUGACAGUGAUGGCAGCCUUGAUGAAACCGAUACAGAAUCAGAAGAAAAGGUUAAUUACCAGGCUGACCUUGCUGAUAUAACUUGUGAGAUUGAAAUCAAGCAGAAACUCAUUGAUGAACUCGAGAAUAGCCAGCGGCGAUUGCACAUAUUGAAACAGCAGUAUGAGGAAAAACUGAUCUUGCUACAGAAUAAGAUCCGGGACACACAGCUAGAGAGAGACCGUGUUCUCCAGAACCUUGGGUCAAUGGAAUGCAACACAGAAGAAAAAGCCAGCAAGAUUAAAGCCGACUAUGAGAAAAAAUUGAAGGAAAUGAAUCGAGAGCUGCAGAAGCUACAGUUAGCACAGAAAGAGCAUGCACGCCUGCUGAAGAAUCAAACUCGAUAUGAACGAGAGCUGAGGAAACUACAGAGUGAAGUGGCAGAAAUGAGGAAAACAAAGGUAACACUCAUGAAACAGAUGAGGGAGGAUCAGCAGCGAAUGAGAAUGAUUGAAAGCAAGAGAAACCGUGAGAUUGCACAAUUGAAAAAGGAACAGAGGCGACAAGAAUAUCAAAUUAGAGCCCUGGAGUCUCAGAAACGGCAACAAGAAAUCGUCCUACGCAGAAAAACACAAGAGGUUAGUGCUCUACGUAGAUUAGCCAAACCAAUGUCCAACCGAGUCGCGGGUCGUGUAAGCCGGAAGCAGAAUGUCCUGGACUCUGGAACAGAACUUUCAGCCAGUACCACGUCUUCAGAACCAGAAUCUGCCUCAAAAUCUGUCUCCAAUAUUGUUAAACAGUGGAACAGAAAGUUAAAUGCAGCCUGGAACGAGACAGUUUCCGCAGUGAAUGGAACAAGGGCAGCAAGCAGAAAGGUCAAGUAUCAGAAAAAGGGAGUUGGUGAGGGCUUCUCGAAGACAGCCCGGCUAAAGUGGCAGGCACUGGAGUGUAGAAUAUCUGACAUUGUGAUGCAGAGGAUGACUAUUUCCAACUUGGAAGCGGAUAUGAAUCGCCUGCUUGGGAAACGAGAGGAAUUAAAUAGCCUGCAUGAAAUGCUGCUUGGGAAAAGGGAACGGAUUCUAAAGGAAAAUCCAGAAGAUAAGUCCAUUCAGGAAAUAAAUGAGGAAAUCGAAGCUUUAAAUGCGAAUAUUGACUAUAUUAAUGACAGCAUUUUUGAAUGCCAGGCUACCAUAAUGCAGAUAGAGGAGACCAAGGAUGAAAUUAAUUCAACAGACACAUCUGUUGUCAUUAGCUCAUGUUCCUUGGCUGAAGCGCGCCAUCUACUGGAUCACUUCCUUAAAAUGUCUAUUGACAAGGGCAUGCAGGUCGCUCAAAAAGAGGCUCAGAUUAAGCUGUUGGAAGGUCGAUUAAAGCAAAUCGAUGUGACAGAUUCUGUUCCAACUCAGUUCAUUAACAUGUUACGGGAAAAAGCUGAGUCUAUUCCUGAACUACAGUCGUUACUUCAAAGUGUUUCACAAGAAAAUGGAGAGCUCAGCAGUGAUGAGGAAAUAUCUGAGUGCAGUUCAGGUCUUGAUAGCAGUUUAAUAUCCAGUUCUUAUUCAAAGCGUUCCCUAAGCCAAGGAGAUUUUAGAAUAAAGGCUGAGCAAAAGACAGAGUUGCAUUACAGGGAAGGCUAUGGCUCUGCUCUGGACCUGUCCCCUUCAAGUGUAAUGAGAUCAGCUGAUAUAAAGGAAAAUGGCAUUAUGCAAAUUGAUGGCCUCUCAAGAGUUCCAAAGGACAAAGAAUCCGUUGUUUUCCAGCCUCGAUCUGGAAACACUUUUCCCAGGCAAUCUGCUAAAAAGCUACAAGAUACUUCACCACUCUUGAGAAGAAAGUCCUAUGAGAAAGUACAGAUGUCAACUGACAAAUCCAGGGCGGAUUGGCGGUCCUCUGAAAUUAAUAUAACUCCUCCUUCCUCCCCUCCAACCCGGGUUCGUAAUGACAGGAAUGUGUUUUCCCGACUUACUAGUACUCAACUUCAGACUUUCCCUGCACAUGACAAGUCUGAUGACAGUGACUCCUCUCUCUCGGAGGUUCCCAGGGGUGUGAUUAAUCCAGUUGGUGGUGCCAAAGGCAGCAAGACUGCCCCACUCCAAUGCAUCUCUGUUGCUGAGGGGCACUCUAAACCUGUGCUGUGUCUGGAUGCAACCAAUGACCUGCUGUUCACAGGCUCCAAAGAUCGCACUUGUAAAGUGUGGAAUUUGGCGACAGGACAGGAAAUCAGUACCCUGAAAGGGCACCCGAACAAUGUCGUCUCCGUCAAAUACUGCAGUUACUCCAGUCUUGUGUUUACUGUCUCCACAUCGUACAUCAAAAUUUGGGAUAUCCGAGACAGCCCCAAAUGCAUCAGGACACUAACGUAA